CGUGAGAGGCAGAGCCAGACCAUCCUCCUGUCCAACCCGAGCAGCGAGGCCUGGACCCUGCAGCCCAUCAUUGAGGGGAAAUACUGGAAAGGGCCUGAAUUUAUCCAUCUGGAGGCCAGGCAAAAAGAAAAGGUCUACCAGGUCACCUACAGACCCCUAACCAUGAGCUCUGAGAACAAGAAGCACCAGGGCUCCAUCUUCUUCCCCCUGCCGGACGGGACAGGCUUACGCUACCACCUGGAAGGAACUGCUGAAGCCCCCAGGUGUUCAGGGGCCAUUUCCCGGCAGGUUCCAUGCAGGAAGUGCCACACGGAGCUCAUCCCUGUGUCCAACUGGCUGCACAGACCACAGAGGUUCCUGGUGGUUAUUGACAUGCUCAAACCAGAGAACCUGGAAAGCAGUUCUGUGCUGCAGGGGUGUUCCUACAUGGACGUGCCAAGCUCUGCGAAGAAGGACUACCAGCUGACCUUCCUCUCCUACAAAGAAGGAGUCUUCAGGGCAAAGGUGACCUUCCUCAAUGAGACAACCGGAGAGUACUUGUUCCACAUGGUGACUUUCAAGGCGGUGGCUUCAGGACCCAUGGGCACUGUUCAAAUGAGCACCGCUGUUCGGCAGAGAGUGUCCUCCAGCGUCAAGGUGGACAACCCUCUGCCUGUCCCGGUGACGUUUGACAUCAACUGCAAAGUGCCCGACGUCAGCGUUCCCCAGCACUUUACUGUCCCUGCACAGUCGAAGGCGGAUCUUGUCUUGGAGUAUCAGCCCCUGCAAACGGGUGAGAGCAGCGGGCAGCUGGUGCUCCAGAGCAGCGACUUGGGCUCUCUGUUUUACACCCUGCAGCUGAAAGCCACCUGGAGCAGGCCAGAGAAGCCCGUGUAUUUCCGCACCAGGCUGGGCUCCCGUCAGACCAUCACCACCAAAAUACGGCAUUUUGCCCAGCAGAAGACCGAGUACCUCGUACAGACCGACUGUGCCGACUUCCAGACGGCAAAAUCCAUCAGUGCGGCACCCGCCAGUGCUGGGGGCUCGGACCUGAGCGUGGAAGUGACCUUUGAGCCCUGCCACCUGGGCGAAGCCAAGGCCACGCUGCAGCUCAGCUCUGCAUUGGGCGGGCAGUACUGCAUCCCACUCAUCGGCCUUGCGCUGCCCCCUGAAGCCCAGGGCCCCUUCCUCAUCCCAGCCGGCGGCACCACCUCCAUCUCCUUCAGGAACGUCUUCCGGAAGGCCACGGCGUUCCAAUACGCAGUGAAGCACCCGGGCUUCACCGUCAGGGCCCCCGAGGUGCUGCGCGCCAAGAGCAGCACCACCAUCACCGUCUCCUUCGCGGGCGGCCCGGCUCCUGUCACCAGCAGGCUGGUGGUCUCCUGCCCUGGGGGCUCCUGGAUCUACCACCUCCGGGGCCUGCCCUUCCCCCGCAAGUGA